GUGGACGUCCGACGCGCACAAGAUCACCAGCCAGUCUUUCGAGUCGGUGCUAAGCCGCUUCGUCGGGGCCUCCGCCCACGUGAAGUUUGCCAUCCAUGUGCUAAUGGGCAAGACCAUGCGUGCUCAGCCGCUAGACCCGCCCAUCAAUUUCAUUUUAAUAGCCGCCAAGAAAUUCCCCGAGCAGGGGUUCCUGCGCGCGGCCCUCGAGAGCACGAAGCAGCUCGAGCUGGGGAAGACGCAGCGCGCCGCUCGACGCGCGUUGAGGAGGAAAGAGUAUACGUUUGGACUCGUCGACGCGCCCGUGAUCGCGCUGACGGAGCUGCAGGGCAUCAAGAUCACGUCCGAGGCGAAGAGGCUGCUGUUUACGACCGUCGUCAACCAAGCUGGCUCGGCGGUCCAACACUUCAACGGCGAGAAGACUGGCUUGACGCAUCCACGCGAGAUCAAGAUGAUCGGCCUUCUGAUCAAGAACUUGGCGGCGUUUGCCGAGGCCCAGAAUGAGCUCGUCGAGGCGGGCCAGACCAUGAGCGAUGAUGGCGUGAAGAAGCCCGUCCAGUCAGAGACGUCGACCAGCUUCGAGGACGCGGCCGAACAGUUUCUCACCCGCCUCAGGGGCCGCCUCUGCUGCUCGGGGAACUCGGCCGGCCUGCUUUUUGUAAUGCGCGAGAAGGUUGAGAAGGCGGCCCUCGUCUCCAAGCAGGCCACGCCCGAGCAGGUCAAGGGUGCGAAGGCGGCGCUGGCAGAGGUACCCCGCCCAGAUCCAUCGCAACAAUCGGGCAACAGGGGGCGGCGGUGGUAA